UAAUGAUGAUUUUACUUGAACAUGGUGUGCCCUAUUCAAAUUUAGGUAUUAAUUUAUCAAUAAAUAUUAUAGCAAUACUCUCUCUUGCUAUCUAUCCCUUUUCAUUUAAAAUGCUAACUGCCCCAUUCUUAGAUGUUUAUUACAUUAAAUCUAUUGGAAAGAGAAGAACAUAUAUUAUACCAAUUUAAUAUCUGAUGGCAAUAAUUUAUACACUAUUAUAUUUCACCAAAAUCUCAACUUGGGUUUAUAAUAUUGAAUUCUUAACUUUGAUAGGCUUUAUUUUGAUUUUACUUUCAGCUCAUUAAGAUAUUGCAAUUGAUGGAUGGGUUCUUACUGCAUUUAGUUCUGAACAUAAUCACUUAGGAGCAACUGCAUAAACAGUUGGUUAAAUGAUUGGAGUUAUAUUUAGUACAACUAUAUUCAUAACAUUAAAUUCAAAAGACUUUUGUAAUUCAUAUAUUUACACUAUACCAUAAGAAACUGGAAUUCUAUCAUUAGAUCUAUUUUGUUUGAUUAAUGCUUUAUAUUUGAUUGCUCUUACAUUAUAUGUAUAAUUUUGUACAACAGAAUAAUCAAAAGAGGAAUCAAUAGAUGAAAUUGAAUAACAUCAAAUUAAAACUGUAUUUAGAAACCUUAAAGAAUUAGUUUUAAAUAGGAAUUUAUAAUUUUUAUUUUUACAUCUCAUAUUAUUUAGAUUAUGUUUUUAACCAAUAUUAACAUCUACUUGUAUUAUUAUUAUUAAUUGAUGAAUAGCAUCUUUACUAAUUGCUCAAGGAUUAAAAAAAGAAGUGAUGGCAUGGAUCCAAACAAUAAUGAUUCCUAUAAAUUUUAUAAUAAUAGCCUUAAUAGGAAAAUAUGACAAAAGAGGAAAUGAAUUAUAGAAAUUCUUUCAUUAUUUAAUAUUUAGGAUUGGAGAGGCAAUAUUGACAUACUCUAUUUUUAAAUUAUUUCCAGAUAUAUUAAGUUAUGAAUCAAUAUAUUAAUAUCUAUAUUUGGUACUCUUAUAUUUUAAUAUUCUAGAUAUUUUUUGGAAUUACAUAAAGUUUGUUAUCGAACUCUAUAUUCAUAAAUCAUGGGACUCUAUUCAAUAGAAUAAGUGAUCCUUAAGUUGGAGCAACUUCUUUAACUUUGAUAAAUAGUAUUCAUAAUUUAGGAGGAGCAGUAAUAUAAUAAAAAUAAAUUAUAGAUAACCGAAUCAAUAUCAAUUUUAUCAUUGUCUCUUUUAUCCUAUGAUAUUGUGGCUUUGUUGACUGUUUGUUUUGGACUUAGUUAUUAUUUCAUUCUUAAAAAGCCAUUAAUUAAAUUAACUGAGUAAAAUUACUUAUUUAAUAUAUAUUUAGAUAGAAUUAGAAAGUGUGGUAGAUAAAGAAAAAGUAAUCUGAUUGA